GUCAUAAUAUUAGAUUUCAUCAUAAAAAUAAGAGGCCUGGGGUUAGGAUUAGGUUCUGAAGAAGCCCUGAAGAAAGUCGUAGUCAGUGAAUGUGUGUGUGUGCAUGUCAGAGCUGAUCCUCGAGGCACGUGAUGGAGGUCAGCAGAAGCAGCGCAGGAGCAGGACGGCUUUCAGCGUGUCACAGCUGCAAGCUCUGGAGAAAGCUUUCCAACAAACCCAGUAUCCUGACGUGGCCAUGAGGGAGAGGCUAGCCGUCUGUAUCAACCUCCCCGAAGCGCGCAUUCAGGUGUGGUUCAAGAACAGGCGUGCAAAGUUCCGCAAAGGCCAGCGAUUCACUCCUGUCCCGAAAAGACAUGUUCCAGAAAACACCGAACGAGAGAAAGCCGAGCUCUCAGAGGAAGAGAAGCGAGAAACGCCGCUUUCAGACCUCGGGGCUAGUCGUGUCAGCAGUUCCACAGACGACACGGAUCGUUUCCGGGUUCCGAGCUUGGGGUCUCCUUUCCGACCGUUUGCUUUCGGAGAACAGCUCAAGCAUCCAAGCCUCCUCUCUGUUGCUCUGCCUUUCUCGGCUUCCUUCGUACCCUCGGUACAGCCUCGCAGCGUUACCGCAGACGUCAUGCAAAUGCGUAAAUGCGGCAGCCUCGGGCUACACAUUAAAUCCAUGGCACAUCCAUGUCUGAACUUGUAGCUGCACCACCCAAACAAAACACAAACCUGGUUGAGCCAGUUAUCGGCUUUAGUAGAGGAGCGGGAGCUCCGGAUUUUGGACUGUGACUCGAGGGAAAGUUCAUGUUAGGACUGUAGUGUUUGUAAUUGCUUUUUAAACGAUCCCUUGACUCGAAUGUUUACACAUCUGCUCAGAGCUUCUUCUUUUUUUAAGCACUUUUUUAAUGCAUUUUCAUAUGUAAAAUGUUGGUGUGAGUUCUCAUGGUUCUCACUGUGCUGAAAAGUAUUGGCCUCUUUCCAAACUGGUGCAACUUGCUCAAAUGUUUGCCUUCUGAUAAUGCCGUAGAUGAUGAAAUAAAGUUUGCUGAAAUCCUGGUCACACACACACACAAAGGUGCUAAUGUCUGAACAAACCUGACAGACAGCAUGACAAAAUG